CCAAGUUGCCCGGCAUCACUCGCGCAGGUGGAGUCAAGAUGGAGGAGUACGCGCGAGAACCUUGCCCUUGGCGAAUUGUCGAUGAUUGCGGUGGGGCCUUUACAAUGGGUACCAUAGGCGGUGGUGUCUUUCAGGCAAUAAAAGGUUUUCGAAAUUCUCCAGUGGGCGUAAACCACAGACUACGAGGGAGUUUGACUGCUAUUAAAACCAGGGCUCCGCAGUUGGGAGGUAGCUUUGCAGUUUGGGGAGGUUUAUUUUCCAUGAUUGACUGCAGUAUGGUUCAAGUCAGGGGGAAAGAAGAUCCCUGGAACUCCAUCACAAGUGGUGCCUUAACAGGAGCCAUACUGGCAGCAAGAAAUGGACCAGUGGCCAUGGUUGGGUCAGCAGCGAUGGGUGGCAUUCUCCUAGCUUUAAUUGAAGGAGCUGGUAUCUUGUUGACGAGAUUUGCCUCUGCCCAGUUUCCCAAUGGUCCUCAGUUCGCUGAAGACCCUUCUCAGCUGCCUUCAGCCCAGUUACCAUCCUCACCUUUUGGAGACUAUCGACAAUAUCAGUAGGACUUCUUUCCCAGGAUUUCUGUAACAGAAUGAGCUGUAGUUCAAGAAGGAAUUUCAGAAGAUAAGUUAUAGUCUGUUUUUAAAGCCACAGGUGGGACAGCUAUGGCCAAAUAGGCUUUGAAGAGACAUUUAGCUCUUUUUUCUAUUUAAGGGAACAUUGCAGGGGUGGGGCGCAGACAUUAAAAGAUAAUACAUUUAUUUAUUCACAGUUGGAUUGCAUUUGUGAUCAAAAUAAAUGUCUAAUACCUUUAAAAGAAAAUAUAAUAAAUGCUUAGAAGAUGAAGGACUACUGGGCAAACAACAGUGAGACGUGACCAUCAUUUCUUUGGAGAUUUCUCUGCCUGAUUUUGUGUGUUCUGUCAGCCAAACAAUAAAAAACUGGAAUUCGCUCUUUCUUUUAA